UGAAGCACUUGAUCAUCUUGGAUGGCGACAAGCCAUGAUUGUAGAGAUGCAGGCUCUUGAAAGCAAUCAAACUUGGGAGCUCGUACCCCUCCCUUCGGGCAAGAAGGCCGUUGGUUGUCGAUGGGUGUAUGCAAUUAAAGUUGGCCCCGAUGGUCAGGUUGAUCGACUCAAAGCCCGAUUGGUUGCAAAAGGGUACACUCAGGUUUAUGGCCUUGACUAUUGUGACACUUUCUCUCUCGUGGCCAAGAUGACUACUAUUCGCCUCUUCUUUGCAAUGGCAGCAAUUCGUCACUGGUCGCUUCAUCAAUUGGAUAUAAAAAAUGCCUUCCUUCAUGGUGAUCUUGAGGAGGAAGUUUACAUGGAGCAACCUCCUGGGUUUGUUGCUCAGGGGGAGUCUGGUAUGGUAUGCAAAUUGCAUCGAUCUUUAUAUGGCCUCAAACAAUCACCACGAGCUUGGUUUGGAAAAUUCAGCUCCAUUGUUCAGAAAUUUGGGUUAAGACGCAGUGAUGCAGAUCACUCAGUCUUUUACAAACAUACCUCUCCUGGAAUAUGUUGAUGAUAUUGUUAUUACAGGAAAUGAUACUAUUGGAAUAUCUCAACUGAAGGAGCACUUGUGUAGACAUUUUCAAACCAAGGAUCUCGGAAGCCUCAAAUACUUCUUGGGCAUUGAAGUAGCUCAGUCAAAAGAUGGAGUUGUAAUCUCUCAAAGGAAAUAUGCUCUUGAAAUAUUACAAGAAACAGGUAUGAUUGACUGUAGACCAGUAGAGAGUCCUAUGGACCCAAAUCAGAAGUUAACAACAGAAGAAGGCGAAUUAUUCUCCGAUCCAGAGAGAUAUAGGAGGCUUGUUGGAAAGUUAAUUUAUCUCACUAUUACGAGGCCUGAUCUAUCUUUCGCAGUUGGAAUUGUUAGCCAAUUUAUGCAGACUCCAUGUCUUGGACAUUGGAAUGCCAUCAUCCGUAUUUUAAGGUACCUCAAGAAGGCUCCAGGACAAGGUUUGCUAUAUGAAGAUAAAGGAAAUGUUCAAAUCUCUGGGUACUGUGAUGCUGAUUGGGCAGGCUCUCCUAUUGACAGACGCUCUACUACGGGAUAUUGUGUCCUCCUUGGAGGAAAUGUUAUCUCUUGGAAAAGUAAGAAGCAAAAUGUAGUGGCUCGAUCCACCGCUGAAGCUGAAUAUCGGGUAAUGGCGUCUCUCACGUGUGAACUCAUAUGGUUAAAGCAAUUUCUUCGAGAGCUUAACUUCUGUGAAAUUCAGACCAUGAAGAUGUACUGUGACAACCAGGUUGCUCUCCACAUUGCAUCAAAUCCAGUGUUUCAUGAGAGAACUAAACACAUAGAAAUUGACUGUCACUUUGUUCGAGAAAAAUUGAUGACGAAGGAAAUUUGUACUGAGUUCGUUGGGUCAAAUGACCAACUUGCAGAUGUGUUGACCAAGUCAUUAAGGGGACCUCGGAUUGAGUUCAUUUGUUCCAAGCUUGGUUCAUACAAUUUGUAUGCUCCAGCUUGAGGGGGAAUGUUAGAAUUAUUACCUAUUGUAUCAUUAACCCUAUGUAUAGGGUGUUGAGUGUGGGGAACUAUCUACUGCCAUAUCUACUGCUGUAUCUAAUCAUGCCUAGUAUCUUAGAGUAGUCUUUUCAUAUUCCAUAUGUACUUGCUUCAUUAUAUAUAGAAGAAAGGGAGAGUGGUCAUGUUGUCCACUACUCCUAUAUUUUUAAGUCUCAAUCUUAAGUACUUUACUGUCAAUAUCCUCGACGUUUGGGGUAGUGAAAGAGAACAAUACCCACAUCUUAAAACACCAAACUGUCCAAAUUUUUAACUUUCUACACAAUAAAAUUAAAAAUAAGAAGUGAAGUACCACCCGGAUAUUCAAACUUGAGAGAAACACGAAAUGGAGAUAAGAAGAAAAAUUCAGAACUUGACUCCCAAAAUCCAGCUAAUUCUUACCUAAUAAACUUUAAAAGGAAGGGUUAAUCUCAUUUGUAGAUUAACUCUAAUGACACGCUAAACUCUAAUCCAAUAAUUUUUCUUAGAUUAUUUCAAUAGCCUACCAUAUCUGACAACAUAAUAUACAUUAAAAUUGACUACUUGUGCAAUUCACGUCAUAACGGCCUAUAGAGAGGACCGACCGAACCUGAACUUGACGGGGUGGAGCGGUAGAGAAGAUGGUGUUCCGGGAAGAUGAUACGGUGUUAGAGGGUGUGGUGGGAUGAAGAGGUCAAUAAUGAAAGCUGUGAGAGAGGGUAUGAAGGUGGAGGGAGUGAAAAAGGAAGAAAUGGCAGUGGAAGAACAAGAGGAUGAGAAAGAUUAAGAAGACGAGGAAUGUACUGCAGAAGGCACGUGUAAAUAGUGGAAAUGCCAACAUGGAACACACUGCUUGACUUGUAAAAGAAAUUUUAAUGCCGUUAGAUGAUGAGAUUAUAUUUAUUCAUUUUUUAAGUUUAAGGAUCAAAUUGCAUCAAAGUUUGAAACAUAUUUAAUCCUAUAUAAUUUAUGAUGUAAAGAAGAGGCAAGUCACUUGCCUAAAACCCUAACACUAAAGCUGCGUACACACAAAGGAGACAAAAUAAUUAAAAUAACAUUACAUUUCAACAGUGCUAAUCGAGAAGUUUAUAAAGAUUUAGCUCCAUCCACCUAAACUUGAGUUGGUUAGGAAGUUUUUUUUGUAACAAACAUGUUCCCAUUAUCUGCUGCUAAAGCUUUUGCCUUUACCCCUACGCCUGAGCAAUGUCCUUACCUUUGAAUAGGUUUCAUCGAGAACAUCCCAAAUCGAGAGGUUUAUAAAGAUUUAGCUCCAUCUGCACAAACUUGAGUUGAUUAGCAAUUAUUUUGCAACAAACUUGUUCCUAUUCUCUGCUGCUAAAGCUUUUGCCUUUACCCCUACGUCUAAGCAAUGUCCUUGGCCUUUGAGUAGGGUUGCUCAAGAACGUCCCAAAUCUCCUUAACUGUAUUAAGCAACAUGCAAGCCCCUGGUCAAGCGACUUAGUCUUCCUUUGAGCACUGUAUGACACAAUUGAGACCGCUUUAGGUAAUAUUCACAUUCAAGCUGUAUACAGAAUGAAUUUUCUGCUGUUUUUCAGGUUGUUGAGCUUGGGUAUCUGCUGUACUCAACCAGUUCUACUAUCUAAUCUGGUAGGACUUCGCACUGUAAAACAAAGGUUCUGCAAAGAU